UCUCUCUCUCUCUUUUCUUUUUCUUUAUCAACCUGUCUUUUUUUUCACCUCUUUUUUUAAGACACCUUUUUGGGCGUUUCGUUGUUUAAUUCCAGCAUUUCGUUUGAAUAGUGUGUGUGUACUUUGUAUUAUAACCAUUCUUUUUCCCCCACUUUUUCUUUUAUUUGUUUCCCAAGAAAUAUAUAAAGAAUAAAACGAAAUACCUUCUUGACUAAACUUCGAACCAACUAUUCCUUUUUCUUCUCUCCUCCCCUUCUUCCCUCUUUCCUCUCUUCUGUUACACACUUUACACUAACCAUAUAAAAAAAGAGUUUUUGUAAGAUAUACUUUCUUUUUUUAACUGAAAAAAAAAGAGAGAAUAUUUAUAUAAACCCAUUCCUUUCCUUUAAAAAAAACUUUAUCAUAAUAAUGAGUUUAAAUACCGUUAUUGCAUUUGCACUUUUGUUAAAAAAGAUUACCCGAAAAGGAUCCAUGAGAAGAAAGAACUUUCAACAACGAAUGAAAACCAAAAGACAAACGACUGACAACUCAAAAUCAGUGCACAAAGAUGAUCCUACUACUUCUACAAGUUCAUGUUCUGACAGUGAACUUGAAGAAGAAGAAUAUGAAUUUGUUCAAAACCAUCAUAAAUCAUCUGUCAUCAUUUCGCCACCCUCUAUCAAAUCUCACAGUCAAAUCAAAGCAGCUUUAAGAUCUUCCUUGUUGCUGGCCGAAGACGACACGACAUCCAUCAACAAGUCGAGUUCUAUUAUUGAAAAUGAUUAUGACAUGAAACAAAAACAUCAUGAUGAGUUACAAAUUGAACAAAGGCUUGCUUCUUCCUUGUCUUUAUUGUCCAGUUCAACACCAAAUGUACUUGUACGUGAUUUUGCUUAUCCGGUCGAUUCUCCAUUGCAUUACGGUCAACAUUCCAAGUUGGAAAACCAUUCGACAGUUUCUUUAUCCUCUCCAGACUUUACGGGUAGAGAUGCUCGAGCAUUAUUUGAUUUCACACCAGAGACAGAAUAUGAAAUAGGUCUUAAAGCUGGACAAUCCAUUUGGGUUCAAUAUCGCCAGUGUCCUGGUUGGCUUAUUGCGGACGUACAGGAUGAAACUGGUUUGAUUCCUGAAUCUUAUGUGGAAUUUAUUUAACAUCUUAUAAAACACCAAUUGACUCUGUGUAUGUAUAUGUAUGUAUUAUAUAUAUAUAUAUAUAUGUGUGUGUGUGUGUGUGCGUGUGUAUAUGUGUCUUUUCUUUAACAUGCACAUU